AUGGUUGGGCGCGGUGUGGGCACUUACCUGCUUGCGCUGAGCGCAUUGGUCGCUUGUGCCUCUGCGUCGCCGGCAUCGUCGUCGCUCUCGUCGCUGCCGCUUGCAGCGCGAGCCGAGGCUGCUACCGCCGACGGGAGCGACAUCUUCCAGUCGUGCGUGCGCCGCUACAACACGUCGCGCAUGAAUCCGCUUCCGCAAGCAGGAUACUUUAACCCCAACAAUGCCACCAACGGAAGCAUGCUCACCAUUUGGUUGGAUGGGACACCGGGUGAACCGAUCAAUGCGAUCAUUUCGGCCAACUCUUCCCCGGCUGUACUGUGCCCCGAAGGAUUCUUGCGAUACGCCACAUCGAUCAACUUUGGCGUGUCGUGUUUGGGCAACACGAACGGUACGCAGCAAUACGCCAACCUGGGGGAUGGAUUCGGCCUACGCUCGCAGGGCAACUACGGUGGAGGCAAUGGCGUGUUACGCUGGAACUAUGGCGAUACGACGUUCGGCACAUGCAAGGAGUCGAUCGAGGGCGACAACCAUUUGCGCUGGUUCCUUCAAAACGGCACGGACGCUUUCAGUGGUGCGGUGUUCUUGGCGGUUAGUAUGGAAGAGUCAGCAGCUUUGGGUCAUAAGAUUCAGCUGGAUGGGUAUAAUCGUGGUCGGGAUUAUUUGGUGGGUAAUGCGACGAGGAAUGCGACGACUAGUUGGGGAGGGUAUACGUGGGAGACGAGGGUGGAGUGGAUACAGGCUGGCGUGCUGUUGAAUGCCACCUCCGAGGGCGUUAACCAUCCUGAUGUGGCACUGCCAGGUCAGCCAGUACAGGAUGGAAGAGUGGCGUUGCUCACUGUUAGGCAGGUGCAACAGCCGUCGACGCGCGCAGCUUCGGGUGCUCCCACAACGCACAAGGUUGGGUGGACUGCGCCAGUCGUACUGGGCUUGAUCGCACUUGUCGUGUUCUAG